GUCCUUUCACUGCUGAAUUGUGCAAGAUAUUUAACCCUGUUUUCUUUGAAUUAUGGCUUAAAUAUCAAACAUCUUAAAUAAGAAAAGGGAAACAUUUUAGUUUUGGAAGUCAGAAUGCCAAGGAGAAGGAAAAAUCUUGGGGGAAAUCCUUUUCGGAAGACCGCAGAUGCUAAGGAAGGUAUCGUGUCCAGUGUUGCUAGCUGUGAGGAGCCAACCACUACACUCCCUUCCAUGGGUGAGACACUUGAUCAGGAAGAACUCUUCACCAGUAUCUCAGAGAUGUUUUCUGACCUGGAUCCCGAUGUAGUAUAUUUGAUGCUUUCUGAAUGUGAUUUCAAAGUUGAAAAUGCUGUUGAUUGUCUAUUAGCAUUAUCUGCCACCGAUGCCAAGAUACAGGAGUCAUCUUCACAAAGUUUUGUUGCUUCUGAGAACCAAGUAAGUGCAGCAGAAAGUAAAAUCAUGGAAAAGUGUCCUGCAAAGAAGAGUGAAAAUUCAAAAAUGGAUUCAUUUUUAGAUGUGCAGCUACCUGAAGACUUGGAUUCCUUAAUACAGAAUGCUUUUGAGAAUCUGAACUCUUCACCUGAUGACCAAGCAAGCUCCCUUUUACCUCUGCAAGAUGUUCAUAGUUCUAAUCACCCGAGUGAGUUUAUCAAUUCUGAUUCAAGUGAUAUGACUCCCGUUCCUUCUACACAAAAUAUGGAUUUGAACAGUGAAAGCGUAGAGGAUUCUGCUUCUGCAUUAAGUUCAGACCCGUUACCUUCACAUUCAGGUUCGAAUGAGUCCGAGUGUUUUAUAAAGGAUAACGCAUUGGCAUCGGAAGAUACCCACCAAGAAGAUCCUCUUCUCAGAAGUUCUUUGAAUGUAGUGAGUGACUCUGACUUGGUUUGUAGCCAUCUCAACCCAAAGCAGAAAGAACCUUUAGAAUCCGAGUGUGCCAAGGCUCAGUUCUCUCAAUCUCCUGUAGAUUUGGAUGCCCAUGAACCACCUCAGGCUUCUUCGAACCUUCCAGAGUUUGAUUCACCAGAUUCAGAAGGGGAUCAGAAAUCUGCUUCGGUCUCUGAUGAGUUUGUGCCUUCUGAAGGGGUCAGUUUCACGCUGCAGAAGUAUCUUGAACCACUGCCCAAGGGGAAGGUUGUGAGUUACUACCCGGUGCUGACGACUCUCCCUUGGCAGCUGCGCCAUUCUCUCUCUCCCCGGCUGUGGAACCCAAUUCUUCCACCUUUUGACCUCUUCCAAGGCAACCAUGACUUUGUGUCUCCUGCUGUAAUCUCAGCUACACACCGGAGAUCUGUCACCUAUAUGUUUCCACCCUCGGUUAUGUCUCACACUUCCCCAGAAAAGGUACAGAGAAAUCAAGAGGCAACCACUGCUCACCAAGUCCAAGAAAACCUGGCUGCUCAGGUUGGAAAAAAGAAGACAAAGUCACGUGUGAGACUAGCUUUGGUUCUUCUCAGAGGGCUUCCAGGAUCAGGAAAAUCUUUUUUGGCAAGGACUUUGCAAGAGGAUAAUCCGAGUGGAGUCAUUCUUAGUACUGAUGAUUAUUUUUGCGUAAAUGGACAGUACCAGUUUGAUGUAAAGCACUUAGGAGAAGCACAUGAAUGGAACCAGAAUCGUGCAAAAGAAGCAUUUGAGAAGAAGAUAUCUCCUAUAAUAAUAGAUAAUACAAAUCUACAGGCAUGGGAAAUGAGGCCAUAUGUUGCUUUGUCUCAAAAACAUAAAUAUAAAGUCCAUUUCCGGGAACCAGACACGUGGUGGAAGUUCAAACCAAAGGAACUUGCAAGACGUAAUAUUCAUGGGGUAAGCAAAGAAAAGAUAAUAAGAAUGUUGGAACACUAUCAGCGUGUUGUUUCAGUGCCAAUCAUCAUGAGUUCUUCAGUUCCAGAGAAGAUUGAACGUGUUGAGUUGUGUGAAUAUCCUUGUGAGGAUAAAAACACUUGCCCAAGAGUCAGUGAAGAUAUUACCUCUGAAAAAGAAGAAAAUGUUUUAUCCUCAUCUUUGAAGCAUCUAGAGUUAAGUGAAGAGACGAACCUUGAAGUGACCAAAGAAAUGACAUUACCUGAGAAUAGUACGCAUCUCCCUGAUGCAGAUUUAAACCAAGGGAGAACAGAAACAAGUGGUUUGAAUCAUAGCAGUCAAAGUACUUUCCUUCUGGAAACUCCACACACGUGUUUUUCUGACUCUGAAAACAAAGACCAAGCAACGGACAGAAGUGAAGGACAGGAAGUAGAAAUGGUCCCUGCAGGAGAGUGUCAUAAGCCUGAUGCAGAGAGUUCUGUAGAGACAGCAGCACCGAGUACUUGCUGUGGCGAAAAUAACCAGGAAGACUGUGGUCUUACUAGCACUAUUCCGCUUCAAAGUGAAAGCUCUUCUGCUGGAGAAACACUGGAAGAGAGAGCAACCUUUAAAAAAGAAGCCUCUGAGAAACAAACAAGCACGUCAGCUUUGGAAAAGUUCCCAACACAUGAGCUGCCAAGUUUUGUGGGUGACUGGCCAGUGGACAAGACUAUGAGUCAGAGGACAAAAAGGAACCGAAAAGCUGAAAAAGCAUCAUCUGUUGUAAGUGACAAAAAGCAUCGUCGUCCUCGGUCACACAGGGUAUUAGAGGAUAGUACUCCUGUGAGUGGACAGUCUGUCGAGCCACCAGGCUCUCCACAUGACAGUGUGGAGGGUGGCAAGAAGUCACCGCCUGUUGAUGCUUCAGAACCCCUCAAUAGCCAACCACAUGAAGCUCACAAAGAUACCACAAAGCCCUCAUUCAACAUGGUGGGCGACUGGCCUCCAUCUGAUUCUUUGGCUCAGAGGGAACACAGAUCUAGAAUGCCGAGAACUGGUUUAAAGGAGCCCAACCUACAAAUGGGAACGAAUAGCAAUACGAGUGAAAUAACCUUAGACACAGAAUGUGAAGCCUGUUGGGGUACAAGCCCUGAAAAAUUAACGUUAGAUAACUCCAAACUAAGAAAUCCUGAAAUGCCACCCAAUGAAAUGCCCUGUGAGAGUCAGACUAGUCUAAGUGAAAAGAUUCAUGGGCAAAGCACAUCACUGCCUCAUGCUUCUACUGGUCAUAUGCCAUGUAUUCCGGAAGUGGUGGGAUCACAGACUGUAGCUGAGUUUCCAGAGGGAAUGCCUGAAGGGGUCCCUGGCACAGAAGGAGGCGUGUAUACCCAGACUGAACCACAGGACUUUGCUCUCUUAUGGAAAAUAGAAAAGAAUAAAAUCAAUGUUUCAGAGUCUGUCAAAGUAUUUGUAGGAAGAUUAGAUGGAUUUAAGCCGAAAGCUCUCGACAGUAGCACAAAAUCAGAUGCUCAAGAAACAAUUCCAUACAGGGCCAUGCAUGAUAAAAGCACAUAUGUUGAAGAAAGUGAGCUCACCUGCAUUGAUGAGUCUGAAAACCUGAACGUUCUUUGUAAACUAUUUGGAUUCUUUUCAUCAGAAGCCCUGAAAGACUUGUAUGAGCGGUGUAAUAAGGAUAUUAUUUGGGCCACAAGCCUUUUGUUGGAUUCUGAAACUAAAUUAUGUGAGGACACUGAAUUUGAGAAUUUCCAAAAAACAUAUGAUGAGUCUCCAAUGGGGCCAUCUUCUCUGGGAUUGAAUUUGAAAGAAGUGAAUAGCCAAAGCGGAGCGUCCAAUGAUUCGAAUUCUUCUUUGCCAGAGUUGAGCCAUGGAAUUGGUGUCAGUAACUGUGAUGCAGAAAAGAGGAACUCAGAGCAGGCAGAAGUAAGAGCCAGGACUCCUGAAAACCCUGAAUUCUUAACAAACACAUCUCCCAAUGCUGCUGUAGAUCUAAAGAAUAAUACGGAAACGCUUCCUAACAGUCAGUCCGAGCUUUUAUUUAGCUUUAAGCAGUCUUCCCCAGAUAGCCUAAAAGCUGCUACUCCUAGUGAUGUGAGUGAGAUGGAAAAAUAUCUUGUCACAGAAUUGGGAGACAAUGUACAUUCUUCAAAUUUGUCUGAUAUUUUAAACUCUGUAUCUCAUACUUCAAAUCUUGAGUUAAGUGAAGACAUUUAUUUUACUGACUCUCUUGAAAUAAAGGAACAGGAAGAUCUUCCAACGGAUCAUGUCAAGGUUCCCAACACAGAACUCAUGAAUGGAGAUGAGCAGGGAAUGGAGAAAAUUCUAAUGGCAGGGAGUGGCUUGUGGGCUGGAGUUAGUGAGGAAGAUGAAACUGAGAUUCUGAGUCCCACUCCAGGGACAACUAAGUCUCUGACCAUAAAUUGCCUGGAGUUGACGUUACCCCCUGAACUGGCUUUUCAACUCACUGAAUUGUUUGGCCCUGUUGGUAUUGAUACAGGGUCUCUGACAGCUGAAGACUGUGUGGUUCACAUAGACCUAAACCUGGCCAAAGCGAUCCAUGAGAAAUGGGAAGAGUCUGUCAUGGAGCGACAGAGACAAGAAGAGGUGUCCUGUGACAAAUCCACACAAGAUCCUUCCCUGGUUGGACAUAUUGAUCUUGAUAAUUCUGAACAAAAGUCAUCUCAGAGUACAGACAAAAAAUUAAUGAAGACUUUAGCAGCAGAUGAAAUGCUGCCCUUCCUGGAUCAUUGGAAUACUCAAACUAAAAAAGUGUCACUCCGAGAAAUCAUGUCAGAAGAAAUGAUCUUUCAGGAAAAACAUGAUUUGAAAAGAGAGACACUUACGUCUGAAAAAGAUUUAGCCACCAAACUCAAGGAGAAGCAGCUCUUUAAGUUAUUUCCAACCAUUGACCAGAAUUUUCUGGUGGAUGUUUUCAAGGACCACAACUAUUCAUUGGAACACACUUUGCAGUUUCUAAACUGUGUCCUUGAAAUGGACCCUGUCAAAACAGUAGUAGCACAAGAGUUUGCCCAGCAGAAGGAGAAUGCCACUUCUCAUACUGCCUGGAAGUUCAAAGAGAAAAAGGCAAGGAAAUCAAAAGAGACUGAAGACACAGCCAGCGAGCUGUUGUUCCAGGGCAUCCAGUACCCAGAGUACGACCGCUGCAGGGCGAAGGCUAUCCUGCACCAGCAGAAGCGGAUGGAGUGCUACAAGAAGGCCAGGGAGGCCUACCGCAUGGGCAGGAAGAAUGUGGCCACCUUCUAUGCCCAGCAGGGCGGGCAGCAUGAGCAGAAGAGGAAGGAAGCCAACCUCCUGGCCGCCAUGGAGAUCUUUGAGAAAGUCAACGCCUCGCUGUUGCCGCAGAACAUUCUAGACCUCCAUGGGCUGCAUGUGAAUGAAGCUCUAAGACAUCUGGUGAUAGUUUUACAGCAGAAAAUGAAAGAGUUUAAGCGGAGUGGCGGCAAGCCCUAUCUGUUUGUGAUUACGGGGAGAGGGUCCCACAGCCUGGGAGGCGUCGCCCGCAUCAAGGUAGCCGUCGUCCAUUACCUCUUAAGCCAUAGCAUCAGGUUCUCUGAAAUUAAGUCAGGGUGCUUGAAAAUCAUGCUAACGUAAUAUAAGCGUCCUUGACUUAGAAGUGUGAAGCUUGGUAGGUUAAAAUUAGCUUUAUUUGCAAUAAUUCAGUCAGUUCUACUUGAAGCGUGUGUUUUAUUAGAAAUAAUAU